CUCAAACACUUCCUAAACAUUGAGACAAAGCCAACACCAAAUCAGUUGCAGACCUUCUAAACUAGUCGAUCAUGAUGUUCUCCACCAAAGAAAUGCCUUCUCCUUCAUCAUUGUUCUCUGCCUAUGCAUCCAUGGCAGCCUCAAUGAUGCUAUUUAGAUCCAUGGCCAAUGAUCUUGUACCUCAGCCAGUUAGAGGCUACCUUCACUCAACUCUCCGCUACAUCUUCAAAAAUCACUCCACUAAGCUCACACUAGUCAUUGAGGAAUCAAAUAGCAUAAGCCGAAACCAACUCUAUGAUGCUGCAGAGGUUUACUUGUGCACUAAGAUCAGUCCCAAGACUGACAGGCUCAAAAUCAGCAAAACCCCGAAAGCAAAGAACAUAACAAUUCGGCUUGAGAAAGGUGAGAAGUUGGUGGAUGUCUAUGAAGGGAUUGUGCUCCAAUGGAGGUUUGUUUGUGCCGAGUCUGGACAGAACAACCCCAAUGAUCCAUUUUCGCCUCCAAGGCCUGAGAAGAGGUUCUUUGAGCUCACAUUCCACAAGAAUCACAAGGAAAAAGUCUUGGAAUCCUAUGUGCAUCAUGUUCUUGAAAAGGCCAAAGCAAUAAAAGAUGAAGAGAGGGUCUUGAAGAUGUACACAUUAAACAAUUCCGGCCACCACCACUCUUACAAUGGCUUCAAGUGGGACUCCAUCAACCUCGAACACCCUUCAACAUUUGAGACUCUAGCCAUGGAUUUGGAGCUGAAGAAUGCUGUUAUUGAAGACCUUAACAGGUUUGUGAAGAGGAAGGAGUUCUAUAAGAAAGUAGGGAGGGCAUGGAAAAGAGGGUACUUGUUGUAUGGUCCACCAGGCACCGGAAAAUCAAGCUUGGUUGCAGCCAUGGCUAAUUAUCUCAAGUUUGAUGUCUAUGACCUGCAGCUGGCUAAUAUUUUUCGUGAUUCUGACCUGAGAAAACUGUUGCUGGCCACCGCAAAUCGGUCCAUUCUUGUGAUUGAAGACAUUGACUGUAGUGCUGAUUUGCCUGUUCGGAUUCGACAUGAAGAUGGACGAAAGCAAGUCCCUGAUGUACAGUUAACACUAUCUGGACUACUGAACUUCAUAGAUGGACUGUGGUCAAGUUGUGGAGAUGAGAGGAUCAUAAUAUUUACCACUAACCACAAGGAGAGGUUAGACCCUGCUCUUUUGCGCCCUGGACGCAUGGAUAUGCAUAUUCACAUGUCCUAUUGCACAUACCAUGGCUUCCAACUCUUGGCCUCAAACUACUUGGAUAUCCAGAACCACCACCACCUCUAUGAUGAAAUCGAAGGCUUACUGAAAGAAACAGAGGUGACUCCUGCGCAAGUAGCAGAGGAGUUGAUGAAGAGCGAAGAAGUUGAUGUUGCACUUGAAGGCCUGGUCAAGCUUUUGAAGCGGAAGAAGAUGGAAGGCGAUGAAUGUGAGGUUGAGAAUGAAAAGAAGAUUGGUGCUAAAGGAGCAAAGAGGCAGAAACCUGAGAACAAACUGAAGAAACCUGUGAGGAAUAGUAGGAAAAACACCACAAAAAGAUGCAGCAACCGUUUAUCAGCAAAAGCAAACCAUUAUGCAUAAAAUUCUCCCUGAUCCUAACACAACGGCACUGAUGCUUGAUUUUGGGGCGUAGUUUCACUUCCUGGAGACCUAUAUUGUAAUAAACAAGUAAAGGUCGUGUAAUUAUUAAUGUCAGUUUUGUUUAAGCCAUCGGUAC